AUGUCUUUGUAUCCAGAGUUGAAAGGCUUGUACCACCUGAGGGAAACAAUUGGAUCAGGUGGUUUUGCCAAAGUUAAGCUGGCCUACCAUGCACUCACUGGAGAAAAAGUCGCUGUGAAAAUUAUGGAUAAAAGAACACUUGGAGCAGAACUGCCGAGAGUGACAACAGAGAUUGCUGCCAUGAAAGAUUUACAUCAUCAGCACAUCUGCAAGCUUUUCCAAGUUAUUGAAACAGAAAACAGGUUUUUCCUGAUACUUGAGUACUGUCCUGAGGGUGAGCUUUUUGACUACAUUAUAUCAAAAGACAGACUGGAUGAAAAUGAAGCUCGCCUUUUUUUUAGGCAGAUAGUUGCCGCAGUGACAUAUAUCCAUGAAGCUGGGUACGCUCAUCGAGACCUUAAACCUGAAAAUCUGCUGCUCGAUGAGGACCUUAAUAUAAAGCUGAUUGACUUUGGACUGUGUGCAAAACCAGAGGGUGGCAUUAGUAGCUUCUUAGCAACUCUGUGUGGAAGUCCAGCUUAUGCUGCACCAGAACUGAUCGCUGGUAAACAGUAUCUGGGACCAGAGGUUGAUCAGUGGAGUAUGGGUGUGUUACUCUAUGCCUUACUUUGUGGAUUUCUUCCCUUUGAUGAUGAAAACAUAAGUCAUUUGUACAAGAAAAUUAAGACUGGUGUGUAUGCUACUCCUGUAUGGCUUAGUGAAGAGAGUAAGGAGAUCAUCUCCCAGCUUCUGAAGGUUGAACCCAAGAGGCGUAUUUCCAUGCAAGACUUGUUGAGACAUCCAUGGCUGACAAAGACCUUCAACAUACCAAUAGAGUGGGAAAGUAAAUAUAAGAAAGUUUUGGAUGAUGACUGCAUUAUUGAACUGGCUGUUCACCACCAAAAAACAAGGAAGCAAAUGGAGACAGAUAUAUCAGAGUGGAGGUAUGACUACCUGACUGCUAGCUACUUGUUGUUGCUGGAGAAGAAGAGGAAGGGAAAACCUGUCAGACUGUUGCAGAGGCCAAUAUCACGAGAGGACAGAUCUAGGUCACGACACCGCAGUUCGGAAGAGGAUUUAAGUGGAGUUGACUUCAUGGACUCUGUAUUUAUUCUCACACCACAAAACAAGGCAGACAAAGUGGCAACUACUGUGGCUGAAAAUCGACAUGGCCGUGUGCGAGAGAGAUUAAACUUUGGUGAUAAUCCUGAUCCAGCAGCAAAGAAACAAACUUGCAACAAUAAAAUUGUAGAAAAUAAUAAAAUACAAGAAACUUUAGCACAGCAGCAGAAGAUCAAAUCAAGGGAGCCUUUAGAAGAAGUAGAAAAUAUGAAAACAUUAGUAGCACUAAAGUCGACAUCAUCACCUCAUCACAUGAGUAAGGAGAACAAACCUAUUGAAUUACAUGCAAUUAAAGAAGUCGAAAAACAAAACAAGAAGGUAGUGGACACAGCAACAGAUAGCCAAGGAAAAACUGAGGUAGCCAGAACACCUGUGAAGGAGGAGCACACACAAAAAGAUACACCUGCUCAGAUCUAUAGAAAAGCUGAUAAUAUUCACAGUGCGAGAAGAAGCGCAAGAAAGUCACCGCAGACGAGGUACAAUACAAACGCAAGACAUACAGAGGCCCAUACACCGAAUCGUAACGACCAGACUUCACACAGGAAAGAGGAAGAAAAGCGGGAUACAGCUAAGAAACCAGCAGUUAUUGUCCAUGAGAAAUGUGCCCUCAGCACCACAUUUUCCCCAUCAAGGUCCUAUGAUUCACAGCUGAACAACCUGGCAGAUUGUGCUGUAACUCCGACUAAGGAAUCUGUGAAAGCAGCUUCACGGUCAGUGGAUGACGGCUUGUACAAGGCACACAUUCCUGGAAGUGGCCAGAAGUCAUCAGCACGCAAAGUGACUGUCUUUGGCAGUAUUGAGCGCAUGUUCAACAUGCUAACACCAAAGAAGAAGAGUUCUUCAUGCAGUGGACCUAGAAAAGCCAAGGCUCUGCAUAAUGUUUGUGUGACCAAUGACAGUAACCCAAAUACUGUUCUGACUUUGCUCAAGAAUACCUUGCAGAAGAAGUGUAUACCUUUCAAGCAAAGCGA